AUGUCACGCGCCUCGGCCGGGUUUGCGGAUUUCUUCCCCACCGCGCCAUCAGUCCUCUCGCAGAAGCGUGGCAAGGUCAGAGAUCGCCGAGGCAAGAGUUGCGAUGACGAGAUCUUGCCUUUCGACUUUCCAACGUCCACCGUGCCCGGCUCAGCCGCGACGGGCGGGGCAUCGUUCAAUGACGAACCGGCUGAGAAGACAGAUAUCGCUCAAUGCUCAUCGGAAGCGCCAACGAAAAGGUCGGAUGUUCAUGCAGAGCUUAAUGGAUUCUGUUCACCAGCCAUCGCCGACCCUCAUGCCCCAUCUCAAACCGACACGUUGACCCCCUUCACUAACACAGAAUCGUCUUCGCCGCGUAAGGCCGCGGCUUCGCCCAAGGCGGCGGACCAAUCUUCAAGCCGUCGAAGCAAGACAGAUUCAACAAAACCCUCAGUGACACCUGUUCACACUCCGCCAACCCCUCAAUCACAAACGCGCCCGGAAAUGGUGAUCAAAGGGCGUAAGAUCACAUAUGAUCCGGACUUGGACAAACGACCAUCCAAAGAGAAGCGUCGCAAGCCCGAAUAUGCUGAGAUUGUCGCAGAUCCUCAAAACAAGGCUGCAGAUCCUCGAUUGGCGAUCCCCAAUUACACGCGUGGGUCAGGCUGCAAGCAAAAGACAAAAUAUCGACCGAUGCCCUACACCUUGAAACCAUGGCCAUACGAUCGCGCAACAAGCAUUGGACCAGGCCCUCCCUCGCAGGUAGUUGUGACCGGCUUUGAUCCACUGACACCCGUUGCGUCUAUCAGCGUAAUCUUUUCUAGCUUUGGCGAGAUCGCGGAGAUCAACAACCGGACGGAUCCGAUAACUGGCCGAUUUCUAGGAAUCUGCUCAAUACGAUACAAGGACAGCGUCUCAUUCCGAGGCACUGGGCCACUUCCAGCGGCCGCCGCAGCGCGGCGUGCUUACAUGGAAUGCAAAAAAGAGCAGCGCAUUGGUACCCGCCGGAUCAGAGUUGACCUAGAUCGAGAUGGCGCAGUUUCGGAGCGCAUGGCCUCGCGCGCAAUUGAGUCGCAGCGACUCGCCUCCAAGACUGCCCCCCUACCGUACCGAUCAGCGAAUCCAAGCCGGCUGAAGUCCCAUUAA